AUGGUUUCAAGGGCAAGAUUAUCAAAAAAGAAGGCUGUGGCGCCAUCUGGAAAUGGAAGAGCGCCAGAUGCCAUUGCCAAUGUGAAUGCAAGCGAGAGGGAGACAAAACCUCAUAUAGAGGCUACUGGCGCAGAUGGUGCUGAGAUUGGGACUGGGUCCCAGCAAGAUGAAGUCCGGCUACCAAAGUCAGGGCUCCAAAGAAGAAAAAGAAGACUUCACCGAUUUGGAAUCAUUUCACUGAAUUGCUUGUUGAAGAAAAGGCGGAUGGCAAUAGUAAUCAUGAAGAUGGCAAUGACAGCAUUAUGGAUCGUGAUGAUGGUGACAACACUAUGGACCUAG